CUCUAACAAUACUAAGUUUCUCGAUUUAAAAUGGCAGCCGAGGAAGUUCACAAUAACGACCAGGAUUCUGUGAAAGGAUCAAAGGCGAAAAAAGUCGCCAAACAUGAUUCGGGAGCGGCUGAUUUGGAAAAGGUUACGGAUUUUGUCGAAGAAUAUGAAAUAUCUUCUUAUAGCAUCCAGGAUGCUAUGAAGGUGAUGAAUGAUCGGAAAACAAAAGAAGUUAGUGAGAAACAAGAAAAAGAAAAAGAACUCUCCAAAGUGAAAAUUAACAAAGAAGACGUUGAUUUAAUUGUAGAAGAGUUUGAAAUAAGUCGGAUGAUGGCUGAAAGAAAACUUCGAGAACAUAAAGGCAGAAUAGUUGAUGCAUUAGUAGCUUUGACUAAUUAACUUAUACUAAUUAAAAUUUAAUACAGGAAAAUAAACGUUAGUGUUUUGGUUUU